GGUCACUUGGUGGCGCUGGCGCUCUCUGAUGAUCUCAGAAAUUCAUCAAAAAUGGCGACGAAUGGCAAACUUUUGUUACUUCGUUCUUCACAACUUCUGCGAAAUGCAGCUGUUAUUAACCACGCACCUGUCAUACAGAGGUCCUACGCAUCGGGCGAAGGGGAAGGCUGGCUGAACAAACUCCUUCACGUCAAAAAAGUUGAACCAGCGAAGGCAGCACACUCAGAGGCACUCACCAACAAGGAAGUGGUAUAUGAAAUGCAGAUACAUAACAUCAAACCAGACAGGAUGAAGGAGUACAUCCAAGCAUCGGAGCACUGUUUGAAGAGAAUUCACGAGAAUCCCGAUUUUCCCUGCAAGCUUUUCGGCAGCUGGAGCACGGCAUUCGGUGAACAAGAUCAAGCAGUUCACGUCUGGUUCUAUGAAGGUGGCUACCAUGCUGUCAAGACGAUGUCGGAGAAACUUUGGGUGGAUAAGGAGUACAAUGAUUACAAGAAGCUACGAGGCGAGAUGUUGAUGAACCGGAGUAACUCCCUCCUGCUUCCCUUCAGCUUCUGGGGAAAGCCCCAGCCGCGAGAGCCAGGCAACCUGUAUGAACUCAGAAGCUACCAUCUCAGGCCUGGUACAUUGAUAGAGUGGGCGAACAACUGGAAAAGUGGAAUUCGAUUCCGUCGUGAGAACAAUGAAGCUGUAGCAGGUCUCUUCACUCAAGUGGGGGACCUGUACUUAGUACACCACAUCUGGGCCUACAAAGAUCUUCAGACACGCAAGGAGAUCCGUGAGAAAGCCUGGCAGAAUCCUGGAUGGGACAGCUGUGUAGCGUACACUGUGCCGCUGAUUCGCAAGAUGGAGGCUAGGAUCAUGAUCCCCUUGCCAUGUUCUCCUCUUCAGUGAACAACAGAAACUCAACGCCACCAGACAAACAUUUGUAAACUCAAAAGCCAUUAGGGACAUUGUGAAAUAAAUUUAUCUUGACGUGUUCUGGCAAGGCCCUAUAUUCUACAGUGACUUGAUUGGUUUUGAUUGAUCAACAAAAAUAAAACCUUCUUUAGACCUGGCCCAGUAUUCCCUGCAGAGUUUUGAGUGAAUGCGUUUCCAGUCCUAUCAAAUUUAUUCUAACUUUUUUUUAUUUGUAGAGAAAACUGUGUUUCGAAGGUUAUGAAGUGAAUAGGUGAACACGAGUGCAUCAUAUACAAUGUGGUUUUUAUGUUUGAAAUCCUACUUUGUCCCGAUAGAAACUCUGAAAUUUGUCUAAUUUUUUUAAGAGAGUGGAACAGUUUGAGAUAUGACGGGGGCAGUGAACCUCUCCAAAGCACUCAUGGUAGUCAGUUGUAAUGGACUGCCACACUCAUUGGGUUAACUGUGUGGAAAUUGCAUUGUAUACUUUCGGGGUUUGUGAAACAGCGGCUUCAACUCCAGUUUGGCUCCGAUUUGAGGCCCUGACUUGUCCAUGUUCUGGUUCAGAAAAAGGAGCCCAAUGGCCAAAUAUUUACAUAUGGUUUGGAACUUAAAGGCUUCCUGAUGAUAAAACCAAAGCUGAAGCAAAACUGUGGUUUCAAAAAUAACCUUGGAAGAGCGCCCUCUCUAAUUAGAAGCAAAACUUUGAGCAUAAAAAUAAAGUACUAAUGCAUUAAGGAUUGCCGUAUUUCUACAUGGUAUUUUACAAAAAUGUUGAAUUAUUUGAACAUCGAGUAUCAAUUUGACACAAGAAUAAGUUGAACACAAUUUAUUUUUGCGUCAUUCUGUAAAGUAACAGGAUAAUUAUGAAUAUUUUGUAAAAAAAGAAAAUUCAUUUACAGCUGUUAUUUACAAUAUUAAAGUUGUUGAUUUAUCACUGAAGUCGUAACCCACCCCCACCAUUCAGAUCCUGACGCAUUUAAAAAAUUGAAAAGCUGCCAAAAUUUACCCCCAAACCUCGCGAAGAAUCACCCUCACAAUGCAGCUGGAGUGGUCUUACAAAAUGUGAUUUCUGCUAGAGCUACUAAACUAAAAAAAAAACACCUUUAUUUGAUUGAAAAUGGUAGCCGUGUACACACAAUUUUGUGAAUUUUGUUUAAGCCAAAAAAAUAGUGCAUGCGUUUUUGAAAGAACCAGUUGUAGAAAACCUGCAGUGAAAAUUUGGUGAUUUUAGAUUAAGAAACACAGGUGUUUGUGUGUUUCUGUCGUUAUAGUAAACCCACUUUUGUUACUUUUGAGUCUCAGAAAAAUUAUGAGUUAGUGAAAUUAUUUAAUUUAACCAACUUUACCAUUGUAAAUACCUUUGAGUUUUAAACACAAAAACAAUUCGAAGUUGUUGUUGACUAAAUAGCUUAAAAGCUUGGUAUUAAUAAAAAGUACAGUUUUGAUUGAUAACA